AUGAAAGCGAGCAAGGCAGUGCGUUUCAAAUUGACUCGUCAGAAUUACCUCGGCGAACGACGGUAUUUCGACUUGUUGCCGCGUUACGACUAGCUUAAGAAGCAGCUGUCGUCGAGGGUCGGACGCGACAGAAAACGACGAGUCUACGUCUGCGGUGGACAUGUUCGCCCAACCCGCCUGUUCCCCACUCGAAGGCAACUGAGGGAACGAAUUUCUGCUCCUCCUCGCCUGGCCGCAGCUCGGAUUUCGAAGUUAUCAACGCUUGGUCCGAACAAGAAGAAGUGGCAUGACAGCCAACAACACAUUGAUACGUCGCCUGGUAUAGCGGGGUGUGAACAGACGACGACGAUUCACAAAACGACGGACGCGUCGGGCGAGCAAGUCACUUUCCUCUACAUUCCCACGCUCAGCGAGUCAGUGAGAGAAAGACGCGCGCCGCCUGGUAGGUCGAUCAUGUUCAGUACGGUGAAGUGCGGCGGUCGUCUAAAGAGCAACGAACCUCUUCGACGACCGAAAGAAUACCUUACCGUCCGAACGAACUUUUUUGCAAAAAACGUUUCCGUAAAGUGCGUGUACCACCAACGUCUGCAAGUGGCUCGUGAAAAGGAGUGGCUUAAUGUGUUCUGCGAAAGGAAACGACUUCAUGGGUCUGUCAACGGCCGACUGACUCUUACGACCGAACGAGCGAUCGAACGCGCUAUUAGUCAUACGCCGAUGUCUAGUGGAUAUUCGACAGUUUUUAACACUUUGAGAUGCGAAAAGCCCAGCGGCUCGCCGGCGAAUGUAUGCGCCGCCACAGCGAUUGCGGCCAGCAGUCGAGAAAUUAUGCCGAGGUGGAAGAGGUGGAAUCACGGAGAACGCGAAAGUUACUGUCGGACGACGACGACACUCAGUCGUUAUGGCGAAUUGUGGCAGGAGGAAAGAAAGAAAGCAAGGAACGUCGUGUCGAUCAAUGGCGAACGGGUCGAACACGGCGUCGCGGGACCAAACCAGUCAAAACGGCAUUGUUGUAGCAAAAGACGACGGCUCUGCCGGGGGGGGGGCAGUGCCGUUGUAGUCUUCAGCCUCCGCGUUGUGACAGUGCGACAGAUUUUAUCGCCUGUCAACGAAAACGGCAAAAAUUAUGCGCACCAGUUUCGCGUGACAGCGCAUCUGCCGAUGACCCAUUACUCAGUGACAAUUAUGACAAGUUGCACGAUACGCCGAUCGGAGGAUGAGGAUGUGUUGGGAGCAUGA